UCUUCCAGUGCACUGACUAGUGAGCUAGAGAAGUGAUUGAGACACAGACAGAGGUUUAGUGUUGAUUUCUUCUUGUUUGUGUUGAUUCUUCUCCUCUUAAACAGACAGAGAAACUCCUGCUGAAGCGACUGAGCUCCACUAUUAUAAAGAUGGCCUUUAUUAAAGAGGAGAGUGAAGACCUGAAGAUUGAAGACACAUUCACAGUCAAACAUGAAGAUGCUGAGCAGAUAACAGAUGUGUUGGUGCUGAAAGUAGAGAGUGACGAACUGAAUCAAAUGAAAGAGAAAGAUCAAUAUGAGAAACACCAGGAGAUCAGGACUGUUGGAAAAUCUGAGAAGAAGACUCAGAAAACCAAAUCUCACGCUCUUUUCAUCUGUUGUGAGUGUGGAAAGAGUUUCAGCCACAAGCCAAAACUGGAAGUGCACAGAAGAAUCCACACCGGAGAGAAGCCUUAUGAAUGCCAACAUUGUGGAAAGAGUUUCAAUCAGAAACAAAACUGUGAAGCCCACAUGAGGAUCCACACCGGAGAGAAGCCGUACAAAUGUCAGCAGUGUGAUAUGCAAUUCACUCAAAAAGCAAACCUCACGGUCCACAUGAGAGUUCACACCGGAGAAAAGACGUUCAACUGCCAACAUUGUGGGAAGAGUUUCUUUCAAAAGCAAAACCUUAAUGUCCACAUGAGGGUUCACACUGGAGAGAAGCCUUACCAAUGCCAGCAGUGUGGGAAGAGCUUCAGUCAACCGCAGAACCUUAACGUCCACCUGAAAGUUCACACUGGUGAAAAACCGUUCACAUGCCAGGAGUGUGGGAAGAGUUUCAUUCAUAAACAGAAAUUUGAGGCCCACAUGAGAAUCCACACUGGAGAGAAACUUUACAAAUGCCUUCAGUGUGGGAAGAGUUUCAGUCAAAAGACAUACCUUGAAGACCACAUGGGAAUUCACGCUGAAGUGAAGCCUUUCAGCUGCCAACAGUGUGGAAAGAGUUUCAAUCAAAAACAAAAGCUUAAAAUGCACAUGAGAGUCCACACCGGAGAGAAGCCGUACAGCUGUCAACACUGCGGAAGGAGUUUCAGUCAAGCCCCAAGUCUCGAGGUGCACAUGCGAGUCCACACCGGGGAGAAGCCGUACACGUGCGAUCAGUGCGGGAAGACGUUCGCUCAGAAAGGACACCUCGAUAAACACACGCGAGUCCACACAGGAGAGAAGCCGUACACCUGCGAUCUCUGCGGGAUCAGCUUCGCGCAGAAAUCCAACCUCAACCGGCACCUGAAGAUCCACACCAAGGAGAAGCCCUACAUGUGUCCUCAGUGCGGCAAGAGCUUCAUCCAGAAGGUCACGCUCCAGGAGCACAUGAACAUCCACCGCGAGGAGAAACCCUUCAGCUGCCCCGAGUGCGGAAAGAGCUUCAGCAAGAAGCAGAACCUCAAGAUCCACCUGAGAGAUCACACCGGAGAGAAGCCGUACGCCUGCACCAUCUGCAGCAAGAGUUUCACCAACAUGACCAGCCGCAAGAUCCACAUGGCCAUUCACACCGGGGAAAAGCCCUUCAAGUGCGACCAGUGCGGGAAGAGCUUCAUCUGCAAGGGAAACCUCAAUUACCACAUCAACACCCACUCGGAGCAGAAAUCCUGCAUAUGCGUCCUGUGCGGGAAGAGUCUCAGCAAUGAAAUCUGCCUCAAUGUGCACAUGAGGAAUCAGCAUCCGGUCGUACACACACUGGGAAUAUCUUCCCAACACACACGGACAUCUGAUGAUGCGUCAGAGAGUUCACACCGGGAAUCUGUUCAUUCUGCGGAGAAUUAAAGGAGCUCCACGUGGAGACUUGACUUGUGUCGUAAUUUAAUAUUUAGCACAUCAGUCAGUCUGGUUAUGUACUUACGUAAAGCUGUGGAGGGAAACUUAUCAGUUUCAGUAAGUUUUUACAUGAUUUAGGGUGCUUUCACACCUACACUUUUGUUUCGGAACGUAUCUCGUUUGCCCAGUUAGCGCGGUUCGUUUGGCAUAUGUGAACAGGG